CCCUCAAAUCUAAUUCUUCUCUCUCCUUGCGGUUUUCUGUUCUUACUUCCUGCUGCUGUACGAAAUAUUUCCAAACAGUACCCCUGAUGUCAUUAAAGAAAAUUUAUCAGGGAGGGGCUGGGAACGGAACAGUGGUGUUCGAUCAAAGAUGGCGCUCUCAGAUUGAGUACCUUCCUUGUCGAUAUUGACGAUCGUUUAGCCAUGGCAAGUCUCAAGAACCGGAAGGCCACUCCCGAUGAUCUUGAAGCAGAAGCAGAAAAGGCUUUUCAGCGAGCCGCUGCUCAGCAAAAUCGAACUGAAGACGAUGAGUUCGACCUAGAAUUUGAAAGUGUUUUCCAAAAUUUUCCGCCAAACAGAGCUGAUGCAAAGUCAGACGGUGCCAUUAAGGAGUCGACCGUCAAACAAGAGGUGUCUAACGGUCCUUCUCAGCUUCCAGUGAAGACAGAAGGUCUGCCUAGUAGUUUGCCUUCAAGUCAAGGAUCAAGUGUAUCGGAAUUGAACAGGUACUCUCCUCGCAAAGAAACUACUAAUGAUUCUGAAAAGGAAUCUGGGUCAAUCAGUCCUACCUCAGACCAAAUGCGACCUGGUAAACGAAGACGGAGAUCAGACAAAGAUAACAUUCCGCCAGGAAUUCGGAAGCUGCCUUCACCUCCAACAACACUGGAACAGGCCCAGAUGGAGUGGGACUUAGUGGAGACUGUUCAGCCAGGAAAUGGUCAGGCUGGUAGCCGUUCACCGCUUGUCACAUUCCAGGAUGCUAUACAUCACUUUCAAACAGCUAGUUACCUUGAACAGCAUAUGUCGCACAUCAAACCAACAGUCAAACAUCGUGGAAUGGCAGCUGUGACUCAUAGACUAUUUGGUCCACCAAAAAUGAACAACAGCCUUCACUCGGAGCGGAAUCUCAUUUUUGCUCUUGCUUUGUGUAUGUUCAAAAAUGAUGAGACCAUGCAUACUCAAGUGUUACAGACUAUCUAUAAAAAAUUAACAGGCACCAAGCUUGACUGUCCUCGCUAUGGAAACCAUUGGGAGCUGAUUGGUUUUCAAGGUCUUGAUCCUGCAACAGAUCUCAGAGGUUGUGGUUUUCUAGGCUUAUUGACAACGCUGUAUUUGGUGACUGAGCAGCGUACGCAUGCGCUGGCUUUGGAUAUCUAUAAGCUCUCCCAACACGAAACACAGAACUUUCCAUUUUCCAUCAUGUCCAUAAACAUCACCAGGAUUGCUCUUCAAACUCUAAGAGAGGAGAAGUUAAAUAAGGAAUGCAACCGCCGCCGUCAGGUUCUGAACGUUUUUGUCGAAUUCUACGCUGCCAUUUUCAUCCAUGUCUACCAGGUUUGGAAACAUCAACACAAGACUAUCAGUGAGUCAGGGUUUGUACUCAGGGAAGCAGAGAAACUCGCCAAAAAGCGACCUCGUGAACUGCAUAGAAACCUGGAACGAGCGCUAGCGGAUCGUCAGGGUUUGGUCAAAGUCGACGAGGACAACGUUUCUCCGAAGGCGAAACAGUCCGACAUACUUGAUAAGUUCGCUGGGGUAUGUGAUCUACAGGUGGAUGAAGAGGAGGAAGUUCAUCUAGUGUAGUGUUUGAGCAGCCAAUGAGAAGUGAGAGAAAAGCGGGAAAUCGCGAAUGGCCGAGACGCGAUUGGUCGAGGGAAUGUCAGUGCGCAGUGAAACAAAACAAAUAGAAAUCUUGGAUUUCUUUCGACACUCAACUGUGCACUGCUCGAGGAGCUUUUCUUGACGAAGGUUUCGAAUUUAGCAUUCUCAUCUGGUCGUGGGACUCCAAACGAGUAAUGUUAGUCCUCUACUGAACGUUCAAGUUCCAACAAGAGAAUUGUAGUAUUUAUUUAAACUAAGAAGUGCUACUUGAAUAGGUUCAACAUGUAUAGAAAUCAGUCGAGUAUUAUUAAAGUGACCCUACAGAAGGAACUCUACUCUUC